CAAAUAAGGUGUAGGAUUAUAUUUGAACAGCCCCUUACCGACGCUUCUUCUGCGAUAGCCGCCGAUAGCCUACUCACUCAAAGAAUAGGCAAGGCUAGUAUGCUAAACAUGUCUACACAAGAAGAGACGUGGACAUUAGAGAUUAGAGAUACGGUACCUGAAGCAUUUCUAUUAACGAAAGAACGACAAAAAAAAGUAACGCGAGUAUGUGAAUAAAAGUAUCGCGAGUUGCGCGUUUCUUUAGUUUGGAAUGUCCCGUGACAAGGAACUGUAAGCCCGUGCCGUCUGCUUGGCGAUUCGGUGCGGGGCUAGCUUGUUGACAAGAUGGCGGAAAAUACAACAGCAUGUUCUCCAUCGGAGAGACUUUCGUCAGAAAUGGCACAUACCGACAAGCAGCCAGACGCAGAUUUAGAUUGUUUUGGCAGGCUUGGCUCCCAACUUGAUGAAAAAGUUGAAUUUAAGAACAGAUUUGGAGAACGGAUCUCAGCGACACCGAUUAUUAUAGAUUUUCUCCGAGUGCUGCAGCUUGGCCAUGUCCACGACAUGAAUGGUGUGAUCUCAGGGGUUUCAAACAGGGAUCUUUUGCAUGCUGUGGUUGCUCUGUACGACAUUUCAUUAUCAGAUAUGGACACUGAAACCCUGUAUGCCACUGUCUGCUCAAAAUGGGCUCGGACUAUUGUAUUGGUUCAAGAUGUUAAAGAUGCAGCCAUGGAGAUGACAGAGCGAAAUGUGAAGAAGAGGGCAAGGAGUAAGGAAGCUAAGUCAAAAGAGUCAGAGCAAGACAAAGAAAGUAAUUUGGACUGGUCUCAAAGAGUUGAUGCUGAGAAAGAUGUUUUGAUUGAGGAGGAAGCAUCUGUUGGUGCUUUCACUGAAGUAUUCAGUGAUACAGAGGAGGAGGAAGAGGAUGAGGAGGGAGAAGAUGAAGAUGAGGAGGAGGAAGAUUAUUCCAAAGGAAUCCAAACAUUUAUCACAAAAGCCAUUGAAAGACGCAAGAACAGAGAUGCCUGUGAUGGAAUUUUGUCUCCUAAUCUGAUCGGGAUUGAGAACAGACUUUUAGCGUGUGCCACUUUCGAAAAAAAGUUCAUACAACACAAGGAGAGAGUGAUACACUUGACCCUGAUUAGCGUCAGACCUCGCUAUCGGAAGUAUAGGAUGGGUCGAUACCUGCUUUCUAAAUGUUUAUCACCUACAGUGGUCGGCCAACAUGAAGCAGUUGUUGUUCAUGCCGACAAUUCAGCAGUCGAUUUCUUUAGAAAGUUUGGCUUCUCUGAUGACACAGUGCUGAAUAGCAAGUGGAGCGAGCUGGCAGAUGCCUUCACAAAUUGUACUCUGAUGAGUUUCUUACCUGGAUUCUCAGGUCACUCACUUCUGUACACUGAUAUCACAAGGGACAUGGAUCCAGACCUGUACGAUAUUGACCACGAAUUGAAGUCUUGGCAAGCUAAGAGCAAAGAAGCUUACCAGGGACAUCUCUGCUGUUUGAUGAGACUACGGAAUGAAAUUUUACAACUGAAAUGUUUGGUCAAAACCCAGACAGAUCUGAUGAACAAGCUGAUUUGUGACAGUGACAGAGCCAGGAAGGAGAAACUUUUGAUGGAAAAAGAGAUGACAGAGCUACGAUUGGAAGCUGUCACCAAGACUUUCUCAGGCGCAACAGGGCCGGAAAAUAAUGCUGACGACAAAGAUGAGGAGACAACAGGACUGAUACAACAGCUGGAGUCUCAAGUUGAGAAGCUUUGUAAACCGCCUCCUAGUGACUGCCGUACAGCCACGCCCCCAAAACGAACAGACCAAGCAGUGCCAACAUCAAGUGAGAUCAUCUCUCGUUUUAUCCAAGGAAUGGAAAUGGAUCGAUCGAUCCAGGUCCGGUAUUCAGUGACAUCUAUAAUGAAGGCACGAGACAACCCUACUCUUAGAGCAAAGUUUGAAGGAUGUAUGGCAGCAAUGCACGACCCAUCCAUGAUGACAGAACUCUACUACUGUGGCUCCUUAGAAAAGCCAAGCCGGCUGUCUCAGGUUCUGAAAGAAGGCUUUAGAGAAGAAGAUUUUACUCAUGGUGAAUUUGGCAGGGGGCUUUACUUUUCGAAAUAUCCCUCGAAAGCAGCCCAGUUUUCUGACCUGGGCAAACUACUGGAGGUCAAGGUCGGCCUAGGCAAGGUGGAGACAGUUAUGAGAUAUGACAGAACAAGGAAAUCACCAGGGGAAAACUACGACUCUAUCAUUAGCCCUGGACGUUUGUACAAGCCUGGAGACCAGGGGGAUAUCGCGAUGUUGUCUCAGGAAUACGUUGUGUUCAACGUCCAUCAAGUUUUACCUUUGUGUAUUAUUUACUACAGUGCAAACCCAAGUGCCGUUUUGUAAUAUAUGUGUCUAACAUUAGUCAAAUGUUGACCGUUCAGAAAGAUAAGAUCAAGAAGUAGAGACAGACAAAUCAUUGUUGCUCAGAAUGUCAUGACAAUGGGUAGAGACUCAGCAAAAUAUUUUCAACGUGUGCAGCAUUACUAGCAUUUGCUACGGUAUCUUUUCUGUCGGUCACUGACCUACUGUGUGUGAUAAAUUUGAUAAGACAUGACUCAGCAUUUAUGACAUGACAAGAUGUGAGAUAUGAACCACAAUAUGGUCUGCAACUUUGUGGUUGUAUGUACCUGUCUCGACAUUAAAAACGAAAUUUCAGUUUGCAAAAGC